AUGGCGCCAGCAUUGCCUUGUAGGCCAAAGCUGCGGCUCCUGUGCGUAGGCGUAGCCCUGGCCUUCCUCCUGGGCGUGGACGUGGGCAGGGCGGACAUCUACAAGGACAUCCAGAUCAUAUGGAGCGCGGACCACACCUACUACUUCAUGGACGGCGACAGCGAGGCGCUCGCGCUCUCGCUGGACUUCAACCGGGGCUCCGCCUUCAAGUCCAACGACAUGUACCUCUUCGCCCGCAUCGACCUCGACAUCAAGCUCGUCGAAGGCAACUCCGCCGGCACCGUCUGCACCGUCUACACCAUCUCGGAGGGGCCGUGGGACAUCCACGACGAGAUCGACCUGGAGUUCCUGGGCAACUCCACCGGCGAGCCCUACACCCUCCACACCAACGUAUUCGCCUACGGCGUGGGCGGCCGGGAGCAGCAGUUCAAGCUCUGGUUCGACCCCAGCGCCGAGUACCACACCUACUCCAUCGUCUGGAACCCCAGGCGCAUCACGAUCGAGGUGGACGGUGUGACGAUCCGGUCGUUCGACAACAACGAGGACCAGGGCGUGCCGUUCCCGUCGUGGCAGCAGCAGCGGGUGUACGGGAGCCUGUGGAACGCCGACGACUGGGCGACACAGGGCGGGCGCGUCAAGACGGACUGGUCGCUGGCGCCCUUCGUCUCCUACUACCGCAACUACAACAUCACCUACUGCCGGCCGUCGCCGGGGGUGUCGUGGUGCGGCGCCGAGCCCGCCGGGUCCCCGCACUUCAACCUCUCCCCCAAGGCGCGCGCCGACCUGCAGUGGGUGCGCAACAUGGGCUACGUCAUCUACGACUACUGCACCGACAUGAGCAACCGGUACACCGCCACCAGCAGGCCCAAGGAGUGCUCGCUCCCGCCCCGCCCGUGA